AGGACAGAGUGAAGGGGGGAAAGCGGAGUUAGAAGCCGGACAAAAGAACUUAUACAGCCCCUUAUAUCCAUAUUUCCAUGUUUUGGCGCGCCAUGGACCGGUGCGAGUAGUCAUGGAAGCCCCUUUAAGCAAGAGGAACCCCGCGUUAAGAUUAGUGGAUUUGGCAGCGACUCAAGCCCUUCCUCACCAGAACAUGACAGGCUUCCCGGGGUUGGGGGGGCAUCACCCUCUCUCCCACCAUGCCCACCUCCACCCUGGGGAGCUGGCCAACGACCCCGGCGUGGCACUCACUCCAUUUGGACCGGAGCACAUGGUACAGACCAGUGCUGUCAAGCUUAGCCCCUCGCAGCACAUCCAGAGCCACCACGAAGCCCAGACCGCGGCGGCGGCUGCAGCAGCGGCGGCGGCGGCAGCGGCGGCGGCGGCAGCGUCCUUCGCUCCGGCUCAGAGCACCGUGGGCUUCCCCGGCGUGGGCCACCCCCACUCGGGAAGCUACUCGAGCAGCAGGGACUUGAUCCUCAGGAGAGAACUGUCAGCCUCUGCCAUGCACGCUCUUGGCGAACAGUCCGCCUCCUCCCCCCAUCACCACCACCACCACCAUGGCGUCUUCAUCUCCCCAACAGGUGCGUACAGCCACGCGGAGAGCGGGAGCCUCUUCUCGGGGCUCCACGAGCAGGCGUCCCCCGGCUCGCAUCAUGCCCUUAACGGCCAGAUGCGCCUGGGUCUACCAGGGGACCUGUACGCCAGGUCGGACCACUUCGCGGCCAGACAGGACCACUACGGAGCCUCCACUCUGCACGGCUACAACUCGGCCAGCCUCAACGUGAACGCUCCCCACGGCCCCGCGGGGGCCUUCCUGAGGUACAUGCGGCAGCCCAUCAAGCAGGAGCUCAUCUGCAAGUGGGUCGAACCGGAGCAGCAGAGCCCCAAGAAGACUUGCUCCAAGACCUACAGCACCAUGCACGAGCUGGUCAACCACGUCACGGUGGAGCACGUCGGCGGGCCCGAGCAGAGCACGCACGUCUGCUUCUGGGAGGAGUGCCCGAGGGAGGGGAAGGCGUUCAAGGCCAAGUACAAACUCAUCAACCACAUCAGAGUGCACACCGGGGAGAAGCCUUUCCCGUGCCCCUUCCCGGGCUGUGGGAAGGUGUUUGCCCGCUCGGAGAACCUGAAAAUCCACAAGAGGACCCACACAGGUGAGAAGCCCUUCAAGUGCGAGUUUGAAGGCUGCGACCGGAAGUUCGCCAACAGCAGCGACCGGAAGAAGCACUCCCAUGUGCACACAUCCGACAAGCCUUACUACUGCAAAGUGCGCGGCUGCGACAAGUCCUACACGCACCCGAGUUCCCUGCGCAAACACAUGAAGGUGCACUGCAAAUCCCCAACGCCCCCUAACAGCACCACGUACAUCGCCUCUACGAACCCGCUGGAAGAGCCUCUCUCCCCGGAUAUGCAGCAGCACCGUAGCCGCUCAACAACCAACAUCUCCCCGCAGGUCACCAACCUGAAUGAGUGGUAUGUGUGUCAGGGCAGCGGCGGUAGUGGCGGGGGGGUCCAGCAGCAACAACAGCAGCACCAUCAUCAUCACCAUCAACAUCAGCAUCAUCAUCAUCACUUGCACUCCCCCUCCAGCGAGGUGCCCACGUCAGAGUCAGAAGAUGAGGACUCAUUCAGACACUCGGACCCCAGGACGAUGCUAUGAUUGACACAUAUUUCAUAUGUUCACCAUCAAACGAGGAUGCAGUGCAGGCUUACUUCAUGAUUGAAAGGGAACAGAUUCCCUGUUAAAUUCACACCUGUUCUAUUGAAUAUCAUGAAAAAUUACAGCAAUAUUAAAAAUCACAUCACUCAGUCUAACAAGUGUCCUAUGUAACGUACUUUUUGGGGCCAUUCUCCACUAAAACCGAGGUACAAAUUUUGAUAAAAAACGCCCAAGGGUUCAUUUUUGUAAUAUUUAAGAGCUAUUUAAGUCUAUAUUUUAUGCAAAAUGCAUGUCCCAGGAGACGCUAGAUGUAAAAAAAAAAAAAAAGGCGUGGUUGUAUAUAUGUUUGUGAUAUCAUGUGUUCGUUUUUUUGGUAUAAUUGUAAUUUAUUCACUGGUUUUUAAAUGUUGAAAAUGACAAAAGAACCAAAGAUUCAUGUUAAUAAUAAUAAUAAUAAUAAUAAUAUUAAAACCAAUUUUGGUGAUGCCCUAAAUAGUAGUAACCUGCUGAUAUUUUUUGUAACUUUUUGCAAAUUUUUCAAUUGUUAUUAUUAUAAAAACAUUUUUGUCCAGUUAAAAAAAAAAACACUUGAAUAGGCUGUGUAAUGUGAAUUAUUUUCUCUCUUUCUCUGUCUCUCGCAUGCCUUGUUUUUUUUUUAAAUGUUUUUUUUUUUUUAAUGUGGCUCUUGUUGAGGUGCAUGGUGCCAUUUGAAUGUGAUGGAUGUUAAAACGAAAAAAAGAUGGGCUAUGAUUGUGCAGACCCUUGAUGUUUAAACUGGCAUUUACAAUAUUAAAAAAGGUGCAAAAAUAAAUACCAGAACGUAAUGUAACUUUUUAUGUGUCACAUUGUUAUUCUUGACUUUUGCUAUAAAGUUA